GCCUGCGCCAGGUGCAACUGCAUCUCCAAUCGACUCAUCUCAAUUACACACUCAACGGAGGCUUCAACAAGAAGUCAAGCGGUCGACAUACACACAGAAGUGUCAGGCUGGAAAUCCGGGGGAGCAGCUGGCUGUGCACGACUUGUCUGUGGCAGUUUACCUUCUAUUGAUCGGGCGAGUGUCUGAGGGCAUCCAAGGGCCGUCCAGAAUGGCAUCUCCCAGUCCUCACGUCAAGGCUGUCCAACACCUCUACCGGCGGUCGCUGAAGCUUGCACUUGACUGGGCCGUGCAACGAAACCUCUGGCGCGGCCAGGCAGUAUAUAUCCGGUCACUUUUUGACGCGAACAGAAACAUCACAGAUCCAAGGCAACAAAGAAUCCUUUUCAACGAAACAGAAAAGCUGCUACAGAAAUGGAAGCAUCCUGACCCUUACAGACCACCAACUGCUCCAGGAGGCUCGAAAUAUGAACGAAAUCUGCCAGCUCCAGACUUGCCGGCGCCGUCAAGGGAGUUUGUCAAGAGAUUAUGAGGUGGCCUGAGGUGUCGUGGAUGGAUGAAGUCCUUGUACAUACUGUCGCAAACAGCGGAAGAAAUGCCUAGUUCACCACAAAGGACGGCUUGCGAAGGGAGCUCAAGAGAGCUUGAACCUACGAAGUCUCGUCCGAUCCUAUUUCUCGAGAAUUGAGCCGCCGAAAGCGUUUAUGCAAUUCAGCCGAUCUACGCUUUCGUGGCGAGCUGCUCGCGCUCCCAUUUCUUGUCAGAAUUGAUUUCCAUAUCGCCCCAUCUGGUUGCGGACAUCAUCCACACGCGUUUUGAGCCCAGCAUUUUGUUUACAUUGCCUCUCCUGUGUCAAAUCCGCGUAUCAGCUCGUCUUCUUAAUC